UCAGCCGUUCCCGCCGCCUGCCGGGCGCUCGGCGCUUUCCGUGAGUGCUCGGCAUUUUCCGUACAGGCCGCGGCGCGCUCGGCGCUUGCUCCCUGGCUGGCGCUCCUCAGUCGGCCGCUGCCUGCCUGUCGCCGGGCUGGGAGCGCCUGUGUGUGUGAGUGACGCGGCGGAGGUGUAGUUUGACGCGGUGUGUUACGUGGGGGAGAGAAUAAAACUGCGGCGAGAUCCUAGGCGCGAACGAAAGCAGUGACGGAGCAGCCUGGUAACCGGUAACUAAAUGACCAUGGAAUCUGGAGCAGAGAACCAGCAGAGUGGAGAUGCAGCCGUUACAGAGGCAGAAACCCAACAGAUGACAGUACAGGCGCAGCCACAGAUUGCAACGUUAGCACAGGUAUCUAUGCCAGCAGCUCAUGCAACAUCUUCUGCACCCACGGUGACCUUAGUUCAGUUGCCCAAUGGGCAGACAGUUCAAGUGCAUGGAGUAAUUCAGGCUGCCCAGCCAUCGGUUAUUCAGUCUCCACAGGUCCAGACAGUUCAGAUCUCCACUAUAGCAGAAAGCGAAGAUUCACAGGAAUCUGUAGACAGUGUCACAGACUCACAGAAACGAAGAGAAAUUCUUUCCAGACGACCCUCCUACAGAAAAAUUUUGAAUGACUUGUCCUCAGACGCUCCAGGAGUGCCAAGGAUUGAAGAAGAAAAGUCUGAAGAGGAAACAGCAGCACCUGCCAUCGCCACUGUUACGGUGCCAACUCCCAUUUACCAAACCAGCAGUGGGCAGUACAUUGCUAUUACCCAAGGAGGAGCAAUACAGUUGUCUAACAAUGGCACAGAUGGAGUACAAGGUCUGCAGACGUUGACAAUGACCAAUGCAGCUGCAACCCAACCUGGCACCACCAUUUUACAAUAUGCACAGACCACAGAUGGACAACAGAUACUUGUACCCAGCAACCAAGUUGUUGUACAAGCUGCCUCAGGAGACGUGCAGACCUACCAGAUUCGCACUGCCCCCACCAGCACCAUUGCACCAGGCGUAGUCAUGGCAUCUUCUCCAGCACUUCCAACCCAGCCAGCAGAAGAGGCCGCACGGAAGAGAGAAGUGCGUCUAAUGAAGAACAGAGAGGCAGCACGUGAAUGCCGCAGGAAGAAAAAGGAGUAUGUGAAAUGUCUAGAAAAUCGAGUGGCUGUGCUUGAAAACCAAAACAAAACACUGAUUGAGGAGCUGAAAGCACUUAAGGACCUUUACUGCCACAAAUCUGAUUAAUUUUGGAUUCCCAUUUUCACAUGUCCAGAUGGGAUAGAGACUGGUUCUGGCUAUACCCAGAAAGACAAAGUAAACUUUUUAUUUUCUAAACAUUUCUUUUUUUCUAUGCGCAAAACUGCCUGAAGCAACUACAGGAUAUACUUCAUCUGUGCUUUGCAUCAAACUGUGAAUGUUCAAGUAUUUGCCUCCACUUCUCCCCCUACAAGAUUAUUUUCAUCAUCAGUCUCAGUGUGAAGAAGGAAAACAGGCUUUUAUCUCGUCUCCCCAUCCUCUUCAAGGAGCAGCAGUGGUCACUUGGGAAGUUACUUUGGGGAAGGUCCUUUUCUAAUGGUUUGAAGAAUUUGUGCUGAGCUCUUUCCAUUGCCUUAGAGACAGAGCCACCCCAGCCUCUUGUUCCAGAGAACUGUGGGCCACAUAUGUGGAGCAUGUAUGGUGCAAUGAAGAAGCAGUGGUUGCCAAAUUGGUUUCACUUACUCAUUAUGAACUGUAGAAAUACACAGCUAAGCAGCAUGCCAAAUGAAAGGCACUCAACAGUCACAUUCUUGGUGUGGAGAUAACAUGCCCUUUGCAAACCAGCCCAGCAAGGGUUUUGAUUUGUAAUCUGUAUUAAGCCCUUCGGGACUAGUGAAAACUUCUCCAAACCUCAGCAACAUCUCACUGGUUGGUUGCUUCUCAAAGCUUAUGUGUGCAAGCGUGUUCAGCGUUCCGAGUGGACAAAAAGCAAACACUAGCUUCAUAGGAUAUUGGUUGGAAAAUGGUAUUUGAGCAGGGAAGGAAUUCAGAAUAAAAAGGUAAAAUAGUGAUGUUUUAAAAACUGCCACAUAAUAAGCAAGGGUAAUACAUGAAAGCACUACCUGUUGGUAUGCAGAACAAUUAAGCAGUUGAAGCAUGGCCAACUCUGCAUCCAGUACAACCCUGAAGACAAUAUAGACUGUGUCCCAAGUUCUCAUUUCCCAACCAAUAUCUUGUGUAAUGGAAGUCAUUGUACUCAAACGAAGCAUCAGUCUGGUUUGCUAUAUUCUUUUUCAAACUUUGAGGCUGCCUUCUAAACAUAAAUUAACUAUCAGGACAACCUCAAAUACUGAGAAAUACUUCCAACACAAAUAUUCUAAUGUCUGCUUCACAAGGGACAAUAUUAGUUAUUUGAACCUGGUCAGGAUAGCUAAAUUCUUAAUUUACUGAGUAAUCUAUUUAUCUAUAUAGAAUUACUCAUGCUUAUGUUGUUUGCAAGAUGGAAAGAUUUGUGUGCACCAAGGAAAAUGUGAUCUUUCACAGAGUUACUUGCUGAAAAGUAACUUGUUUAAAAGCAACUCUGUACUAAGCAUAAGGAUUUAAAAUGAAUCAAGCUUAAAAAGAAUCAAACAAAAGAAUGUCAAGAAGUUGUCCAAAAGAAUGUGUCAAAAGGAAUCAUGCAGUUUGUUUACUGGCCCUUUGAAGCCAGUCUCUUGAUCUUGGGUCAUUUGAUGGACUUAAGUUUCCUUUGGGCUUCUCGUCAAAAUUAUAUGUCCGGUGACAUAAGAAUAAGACUCUGGUCUGUGCUAAUGCCUUGCUUGGCAAAAGUAUGGAGAGUAUUUUUUUUCAUGUUCACUCUUAACCUGUUUUCAAGAUGAAUUUCAAACACAGGUUUUACAGUCCAUGUGAUGUUAUAAGAACAUCUGGAAAACUCUGGGCAGUUGAGUCUCAAACAGCUAAGCAGUAUUAAAAAGUUCUGCUAUUCUCAUUUGAGAGGGCAUUCAGUUUGCAAGAGACUUUAAAAGCAGUAGGAUUGAAUUCACAGCAUUACUGUUAAAUCUAGAGUUAUCAAUAAUUGCAAAUUAUGUUUGUAUUUCAGGAAGAGAACAUGAGUAUCAGAAUUAUGAAAUAAUUACUUUUUGCAGGCUUUGGGGGGAUUUGUGUGUCUAUUUAUCCGCCAUAAGAGAAUUGAUGAAUUUCAGGUUUUUAUUUAAUGGAAGAUGAAUUUAUUAGUUUAGCAACACAAAUUUGAAGACCCUUAAUUCUCAGCAGUGUGUUUGUUAAAAAAUGUCUGCUUCUUAAAAGCAGAGAAUGCAAAUGCAUACAACGGGUACCAGUUUUUCAGAACUAGUGCUGAAGUAGAAAUGUUGCUAACGUUAGCAGGAGUCAUUCUUGUGAAUCAUCAAGCUCACUAUGGCUUUAUUUACACACAGUGGUUCCUCCAGCUUUGAGAAACACAGAAAAGGCUGCACAUGCCCACACUAAAGCUCUUUCUUUUGUAGAACCAUCUCUUUGAAAAAAAUGAAGUUUUGCAGUGAACCUGAAUGAGGCUGGAUGUGAUCUGAGUGCUGUUCCUGGUGGGUAACGAGCACUGCGCAGUGCUUGCCGAUAGCCAUUCGGCACAAAGCCUGGGUGCUGAAUGAAGCAGAGAGCCUAAACCGGUACCCAGAGGGGAUUCUUCUGGUCCGGGGUUGGUACAGAUUUCUGUGGCAGUGAGAGGAGAACUGUAUUACUGGUCUGUGUGUGCGUGGCCUGUGAGGAGUCCAUAGUGUUGCUAGUCUAGACUGCAUUAGCAACUAACAUUUCACUAAGAAAAGGAAAGUUAUUUUAAAGUAGGUAGGGAUCUGCAAGAGUCUUUAUUUUUAAUUUAUGCUGGACUGAGGUUUUAGGGGCUGGAAUUUAUUUAAUGAAAAUUUUAAAUCACAGUAAUAAAAAAAAUAUGUCAGACCAAGUAGAGGGCUGGCUAGGAUUACCUAUACUUUACUAUUCAUACUGACCCAAAAAGGGAAGAAAUAUGACACAGGAGUGCAUUCAUAUAUUGUUUACCAGGUAGUGAGGUUGGGGUCAUCAGCUUUUAUAAACUAAGGCCAUUUGGAAGUAGGAAAGGAGUGGCAAGGGGAAGGGAGGGUUAGUUUUAUAUCUCACAGUUGUGAGUUUUCAAGAAUUGACAGCCUGUUUUACCUGAAGAAUGGGUUAGAAAGGGCUAGAUCCAUUAUGUUCAUAAUAAACAAGAAUUGAUUUGAAAUAUAAUUUUUGUAAUGUCAUUAUUUUCCAAAACAACAGCACCAAUCAGGCAGUUAAGAUAUUGUCAGAGGUGCUCUUUUAAUUUAGAUAUUCUUGGAAAAUACAUAUGUAUAAUAUAUGUACAUAUAUAUAUAUAUAUAUACACACAGUAUAUAAUCUACAGCUCUGAGAGCUUUUAAGUCAGGAAUGCUGAGUAUUAUAGUAUAUGGAGGUCAGAAAAAAAAUUUUUACUUUUCUCUGUGUGUCUGAGUGUGUGUGGAUGUGUGUGCGUGUGAAAGCUUCCUCCCAUCCCAGUAGUUCUGGGCUGCAUUAUUCUAGCGCUUAUUACUGAUUUGUUUUGUGCUGUUUCUCAGUUACUCAUUUUCAAGAAUUUUAUUUCAUCUUUCAUGGCUUUUGUGAGGUUUAUUUUUGGGUUUGUUUUUGUUUUUUUUUCCCUAUUGAUGGAGGUUUGUGAAAUUAUGUAAACAGUUGUUUUAUGACAACUACUACCCCUCAAAAUAAUUCACUUUUGUGCUUUUCCUCUUUGGCAGCUAUGUAUCAAAGGCAAAGCAAUGGAAAGGUUGCUAAGGUGUUAUUUUCUAAAGGAACCACUGGUAAGAGUUCAGUUUUCCUCCUGGGGUAGUGGUGAUGCUUUUUUAUUUAAGCAGCAGUUUCACCAGAAUCAGGUAGUAGCCAGCACCAUUGCCUGUAUCUGAAAAGCACAUUUUUUGCUUGUCAGGACUGUACAGACACCUAGAGAUUCUGGCUAUUCUGUAGCUGAUGUUGGUAUUGUAAACCACUGUCCUUUUUUGUACUUGUACAUUGAUCAGAACAUUUGUGGGGUGUUUGGAAUCAUUAAGAGGCUCAGGAAAAAAAAAGUUAGAUUUAAUAAGGAAAAACAGCCCUAAUAGUUUCUGAUCUAAACUUGUACUACAAGUGGGUUUUUUUAAAAUCUGGGCUUCCAGAAGGCUGCAGCUGCAAGUAUUCACCUGCUAGUGAAAACUGACCUCUGCUUUUUUAUUUUCUGUUUUUCUAAUUUAUGACAGUUAUUUUUGUUGGUUAAAGACAAGGUUCCCCAUCUAAGCAAGUUCAGUAUCAGUUGGUUGCAAAUCUUGUGAUAAUUCAUAAAGGAUUUCCUCAGUUUCCUAACACCCUGCUUUUAAUGUAAUUUUUUUCACCCUGGAGCUGGUUAGUGAUACAACAUUUGCCAAUAUCUAACCAAAAGGUCAUGUAUUUAUUUUUGUUACACUAUAUUGUUUGUAAAUGUUUGAUUAAAAUGUGCACUUUUAAAAAAAAACAAACCCACAAGAACAACAACAAAAAAAACCCAACCAAAAACCCCAAACUAAGAGCAGUUGGGUUUGCUUGAGAAGCUUCCUGGCACAGUUGUAAUCCUGCUGCCUGCACACAAUUCACUCCAUUCCCCACAGCAGUUGACUGCUUUGCAAAUUUACCUUGCUGGUUAGCACCUGGCAUCCAGCAGGCAUUGCUUCAGAAUGGCAGGAGAUCUGAACUGGCAGCACUGGAAAGAAUUGUCCGUGGUGCCUCAAAGCAGCAUGUAUAGGACGGAUGUGAAACUAUUUUUAGAAUAGAACUAGUUCAGCAAUCCCAAGUGGGUAAGGGAGGUUCAAUUGGAAGGAAAGCUGAACUAUUUUUUCAGCCACUUUAUUCCUGUUUUCUUAAUUUGAGAUUUGGCUGCAGGUUUUAUAAGCUGCAUUCCAAGAAAAUAAAUCAAAAGGCUUUUCAGUUUAUUGACACUGGGAACUGAAGGUGCAUUUACAACGUGUCACUCUGCUUUAAAAGACUUUUAAAAAGCACAACCACCUUUCUUUUGUAGGAACAAUGAUAAUUUAGCUACAGCCCUGAAAUCUGUCACUCUGAGCAGGUUUUAAAAGCACACAGUACAUUGAUGGUUCUCUGUACUGUGCCUGGGAACUCGUUUCCCUGUGCUUCUGAAUUCACAAGCGUAAAAGACACUGAUUUUGCAGAAACCUGAAUGCAUUCUGAAGCUCAGUUGGUGUGGGAAGAGCCAGACUGGUGCUGAAAUCCCAUGUACAGCAUGCUUCUGACAGGUUCAGGUCUGUGGAUGGAUAUGGCUUAAAUCUGUACAUCUCUGGGGAAGAGGGACCAGAUCCGGCUGGUAGAAAAGGUUUUCAUUUUUUAAGUGUUUUUAAGUAUAUUUAAGCUCUUAAAUAUAACAGCUGAAAUUAAGAGACUUGCUUGUGUAGCACAAAUUAAAAGCAGUGACCUGUUUGCAUUCUGGUACUGCAAGUGCAGUUUGUGACUUGCUGUGUAAGUUAAGGUCUCGCUUUCACCAGUGAGAGGCAGGAGAAGUCAGCUGCCUGCAGGAGCUGUGUGCUGGCAGGAAAAGGGCCAGGGACAAGCUGAUAACGAUCCAUGGUUGGCGCACUUCAUAAGCUGACCAUUUACUAUACUCGUGACUUGGGAGCAGUCGGUUCACUCAGCCUCAGCUACAUACUACUCUAAAUUAGGGGACAGCUGAGGGAGCACAGGCAAGGAAGGCCUUGAGCUGGUUAGUUAUCUGCAAAUGGCCACUCACAAGAAUUAUGUAUGUUCAGAUGCUCUCCACAAGUUGUGUUUUAUCCAGGUGCCACUCCAUUUUUUGUGUGUGUGAUGACAUUUAUUUAUAUUGAAAUGUUAAUUUUAAAAAUUUCUAGAACUUUGUAAGAGAUUUGAAACUGUGCUGCUUAUACGGACUUCUAGGGAUGGGGAACAGGGCAAGAAGAGGUGCUAGUUGGCAGCCAACCCCUCCACAGACUUGUCCACAGAUUGGUAGUUCACUUCAAAUGAGUUUGCUCUGAAUUUAUAAUUUGAAAUUGUUUCAGAACAACGUUUUUCAGGGAAACUUCCAGAGCAAAGGUUAUUAUUCUCCCUUUGUAAUGUAAGCUGGAAAGAGUAAGUUCACCUCAUCUGCAUUUCCAGUUCUUUUACCCAAACCAUGUCAGCACAGAACAGGGUAUUUGAGCUUGACUCCCACAUGCUUGUGGAAGUUAAAAGGCUAAAUGAAAAUCCAUUAUUGGGGGAAAAGAAAUUAUUUACAUCUCCCCAAAAAUCUAGAAACAUCCCUGUUGUGUUGUUUGUUUUUUGGGUUUUUUUGUUUUGUUUUUUUUUUUACUUUCUUUGUGCUUUAUCUGUGUUUUUUAAAAAAUUGUACUGGGUUAUAAUGCAUUUUAUUAACACUAUGUACAUAUUAGCUGCUUUGUGUUUCAGAAUGGUAGUAAUUGCUUUGUAUAUUAAAGUGAUUCUUGUGAAUUUGUGGAUUAUUGUCAUAAAGAAGUGCUUUUUUCUUACUGUAAUCUUUGUGUUAUAAACUGUCAUGACUUCCUUUUUACACAAACAUUUAUGUGCGGUCACAUAAACAUGCUUUAAAAACCUCUAAAAA